CUGCUGAGGCGUAAAUGGUGAAGACUUCACCCUCGUAGGCGACACAGGGCGGAACGAGACGCGCUCGAUACUUGAGGAACAAACGAGGCGACUUCAAAAGCAGGAAAUACGAGUGAGGUCCCGGUCUGGAAGAGAUAAAAAAUAGCACUACUCGCCACGCUCACGGCUCACUUUUGACUGAGGAAACCUGCAGCGCCCGUCUGAGCCUGCCUUCAACAACAGCUUGAGUGGAGACUGUCCUGUGCUCUGCAAUGGCUCUGUUGACCCUGCAUAGGCUUCCCUCCAUCUCUCCAGAUGAAACCCUCCAAAAAAGAGGGAGACUUCAGAAAAGGGAGAGCUUCGCCCUGGUGAAGGGGGCAGUCCUGCUGCUGGAAGAGGGCGAGAGGGUGAGCCCUGAUGAGGGGACUUGUCCCACUCCACCCUCUCCUGUAAAGGAAGACGGUGGAGCUCCAGACACGAGGCGCAGACACCUUCACGCCAUGGUUGAACAGCUCCGGCCAGAGGAUACCAUCAAGCUGGCGGUGCAGUUGGAGUCCGUCAGCUCGGUCAGAGUCAGGUAUCUGAUCGUUAUCUCCACCCUCGGUAACAAACAAGAGAGUAUCCUGCUGGGCAUGGAUUUCCCCAACCCCGAGAGCGAUCAGUGCACCAUCGGCCUGGUUCUGCCAGUAUGGAGCGACACUCAGGUUUAUCUGGAUGGAGACGGCGGCUUCAGCGUGACCACAGCUGAGGAGAUCCAAAUUUUUAAGCCUGUUUCCAUGCAGACCAUGUGGUCAGUGCUGCAGGUUUUGCAUGGGUGCUGCGAGAGGGCGGUCAAUGCAGCGGUCAUCCCGGGCAACGGCCUGGAGUGGGCUCAACAUUACCACCAGCACAUCGAGUCCGACCGCCUCUGCCUCAACGAGUGGGAGGCCCUGAACGACUUGGAGUCGGUCCGCAGGGACAGUUAUGGAGAUGGUUCGGAGGAGAGAAUUUCAAACGAGGGGCUGAUCAAAGUACAUCUGAGAGAAAUCAUGAGGACAGAAGACCUGGACAACCUCACGUCUAAAAUGGUGCACUCUGCCUUGGAGACCAGGAUGGGCUUCGACAUGAGACCCUUUAAGGAGUACAUUGACAAUGAGAUCCUGGUCACCAUGGCUCAGAUGGACAAACCCUCCAAAAUAUUUGACUACCUUUACUUGGGCUCCGAGUGGAACGCAGCUAACAUUGAGGAGCUGCAGAAAAACAAUGUGGGCUAUAUUCUGAAUGUGACGAGGGAGAUUGACAACUUUUUCCCAGAGUCCUUCACUUAUAUGAACAUCAGAUUGUACGAUGUGGAGGCCAGCGACCUUCUCCCUCACUGGACAGACACAUACAAGUUCAUCAACACUGCCAGGAAGCGUGGCCAGGCUGUGUUGGUGCACUGUAAGAUGGGCGUUUCUCGCUCUGCUUCCACGGUGAUUGCCUUCGCCAUGAAGCAUCUGCACUGGUCACUGGAGACGGCGUUGUCCUACGUUAGGGAUUGCCGGUCCAUCAUCAAACCCAAUGAAGGCUUCACGAAGCAGCUGCAAACCUACAACGGCAUCCUGAAUGCGAGCCAGCAGCGUCACAGCGCACUCUGGAGGAGAAAGUCGAGAGACCAGAGACAAAAGUCAUUAUACAAGGACGGAGGGAAGGAAAGAAAGUCAGAAGAGGAAGAGGAGGACGACUUUGAGCUGGAUGAGGACGAUGAGGAUGAUGAUGUCGAUAGCCCAGAUGAAAAAGAUGAUCCAGGGGAGGACAUACAGGUGUUUGAAGAGCCAACCAUCCAGGUACCCGGGCAGACGGCAUCACCGCUUAUCACGAUAAAUGAACCGAACAUGGUCGCUCCGAGCGUCAACCGCAGCGGCAGGAUGAACCUCUUCUCCCUCAUGCAGUCCAUCAGCGAUGAGGAUAAAGGACGUGAGCAGCUGCAUGGCAGUCCGAGGCGGUCUCCAGUGCCGCGGAUGUGUAGCCAAGGGCGCCAGGGUCUGGCUCACCAGAGAGCGUGUGUGGAUGUUUCACCGGAACCACGGAGCCUGAGGGACGCCAGUCCGAGCAAACCCUAAAGCGUUGAAGGAGCUGGAGGAGCGGCGAUUUACAGGAGGACGGGCGGCACUUACAGAAGGCUGAGAGGAGGGAAAAGAUGGUGACGGUAGUGGGGGGGGGGGUGUCCUUUUUUUAAUACACUGUAAUACACUGAUACGCUUUGGCUUUAUAUUUCAGAUUAUUUAGAUGGUGACAUUUUUACUUUGUUUCAUUGCAUAUAUUAUAGCUGAUGGUGCACUAUUGAGAGAAGGAUCUUGCUGUAAUAUUGCUAUCCCAAUGAAAGCCAGGAUAUGUGAUGGGCAAAGUCAUUAUCAGUGUCCAUUGCUGUGUUAUUAUUGUUAUUUGUGUUUUGAGAACAUAUCCUACCACAUUCAAGGCCCAUCAGUCUCCUUCGUCACCCUGGUUCCCUCUUCCCUUCUUCAGCUCUUGCAUCACCACUCCAGAGAUGAUAUCUAUGCAAUGACUGUUCUCCUUUUUCUUUUCCUCUGUAAAUAUGAGUCUGUAAGCUGCCAAACCAAGGUAGAUUGUUUUCAUAUUCUCUCUUAUUGCUCUUGUGUUAAUUGUCCACAGUUGGGAGGAUUUCACUUUAUUUAAGCUGUGCAUCACGGACCAAGUCAGGGCCAGUUUAAUGGCACAAGACUGUUUGCCAAACAGUGUGUUCCAAUGUGCCAUUUAUUAUAUUCAAUUACAAAUAUGUAUCAUGUCAGUACGUUAAGAACCAAUGUCACCCAUUUGUUUUUGAUUCAUUCUAGUUAAACACCAGGUGUAUGAGUGCCUUCAGCCUGAGAAUGAAAUACGGAAUAUGAAUGACGUUGUGUUUUUAAUGUUUUUACUAUGAGGUGGUGGCUGCCUAUUGUAUUGUGCUGUUUCUCUGAUUACAGUAUAAAUGUGACUGCAUGUAUGCAUAUACACACAUUACACAUGUAUCAACUAAUUAUUACUGGGUGCAUGUCAUGUGUUUUUUUAUACCAACAUAUGAGAGCAACAUGUUCAGGGUUUUCUCAUGUAUUGGAUUGAGGUAAAUUAUUCAAAAUACUGCUUUCAGACUUAUGAUCACUGGAUGCCGAUGUGGAAUAGUCUGUUCAUGCUGGUAAUAUUUGUAUCCAGUGAACCCCAAGCUAAAGCCUAGUUACUUCAUUUCACCUGCACUUUAUAACCCCAACAGACACUGUCCCCCCCUGGCUGAGCCAACACCACACUGUACUAUGACCCCCCCACCUCCUUUAAAUGCUGUCUACAUCUCUACGUCUUCUUGUGUUAAGCUCUCCAAUGUCUGCACCUCACUCCUGUUUACAACAAACACUGAGUGAAUUUGUUGUUAUCAUAUUCUAACCAAACACUUUGUUUCCUGAUAAAAAUUAUCUCACGGGAUUAUAUUGGUUGGAUAGGAUUAUAUUCUGAUGUGAUCUGGAAAUUUGGUAUUGAGAAGCAGAUCCAAAGAUUUCUGAUCAUUUUGUAAUUCAGAUUUUUGUAAUCCAAUCCUACUUUUAAUACAGACAAAAUGCUGCAUUUAGGUAUUUCAAAAAUAUCCAAAAUUAAGGAACCGACCUCAGAGGUGGAUUAGAUGUAGAUUGACAAAUAAAUUUGGCUUCACUUCUCCCAAAUAAUAUUUUUUUUUAAAUGUAAUCAAAAUGCGCCGUAUGAAAAAAAUUAUUUUAACAAGUUCAACACAAAUUACGUCAGUCUGAAAUCGGUCUGAAAUCUCAUCAAUCAAAUCAGUCAAUCUGAAGCAAGCGGCUUUUCAGUCGGACCACAUUAUGUCCAAAAUGUAAUUACAAGUCAUAUGUGGCUUUUUAAAAAAGGAAUGGUUUAGUAUGUGGGAAAAAUGGUCAAUAAUAGUUUAGUAUUGUGUAGGUCUGUGCUGUUUGGGUAGCAACCAAAAUAAUGCAGAGAAUAUUGUGAUCGUAAUACAUUUUGAAUAGAUUAUUCUUUGGGCACUAAUUGUAAAAUUUUCACCCAGGCCAUAUUGAACACUUUAUACAUAAUAUGCAUAUAGUUGUUACUCUUGUUUUUUUGGACAUAUUAUUUGGCUUCUGUAAUAUAAUCUGUUUUUGAUCUGCGUUGGCUGCAAUGUAUAUUUUUCCCCGUGAACACCAAGGCUGAGAACACAUUUCAUAAGCCAAAGGUCUUACUGUGGUAUGCGUCAUUUGAAUAAACAUCUGAAUUUCCAAGAUG